ACAUAAAUAUUCGCCAUGGCCAGCAAAGUGGAAGAAAUCCGAGGAUCGAUCGAGACGUCACUGAAGGAUGAGUCGAAACCAUGGACGCAGUUCUUCAAGCUCGCCGAGGAGAAAACGAACGUCCCCCGGCUAUACAUAUUUCUGGGUGGCGUGGCCGUCGUUAUUCUGUACCUUGCCUUCGGCUAUGGAGCACAGAUCCUCUGCAACGUGAUUGGAGUUGCCUAUCCCGCCUACAUCUCGAUGAAAGCCAUUGAAACCCGCACUAAGGAGGACGACACCAAAUGGCUAACGUACUGGGUAACGUUCGGUGUGCUUUCGGUAUUUGAGCACUUUUCCUUCUUCCUGGUUCAGAUCAUCCCGUUCUACUGGUUGCUGAAGUGCUUGUUCCACAUAUGGUGUAUGGUACCGAUGGAAAACAACGGUUCCACCAUCAUGUACCAUAAGGUUAUUCAGCCAUACUUCAAGAAAUACGAAAAGGUUGCCGACAACUUCAUCAGCGACACCACGGACAAGCUGAAGCAGACGGCUGGAGAAAUGAUCUCGAAAGUCAAAUCAACCUAACUUGCAUAUCUUGCACUACUCCC